AUGGUGCAUGUUGCUCGUCGUAUGCUAAUGUCAUCCAGUAAUAUAGGUGUUCCGCCUACAUCACUGUCCUCAUCUAUAUCAACAGUUGAUGUAGUCGCUAUAAAUAAAUUUCGUUGGCAUACAUCUGGUUCAUACUUAGCCGCUGGUGAUGAUAUUGUUCGUGUCAGUAUAUGCAGCGUUCACGAAAGUCUUUCACAACCAAACACUGAAAAUUGGUCAACAUUUUCACAUAUACUAGCUGAUUUUAAACACUAUGAAAUGGAGCCUGAGAUGAUCGACUCAGAACAUCAACAACAACAACAACAUUUUUGA